AUGAAUCGACCAAACUAUGGCACCAAAACAGCAGGAGGUAACCCUCGUAUCUAUAACUGCCGGGUGUGUGAUAGAGCAUUCACAAGAGAAGAACAUUUGACUCGCCAUACCCAAUCGACCCAUAAUAAACUCAAACCAUUCUGUUGCGGGAUCUGUUCAAGACCAUUCAGUAGAAGAGAUUUACUUCUUCGCCAUGCUAAGAAUUUACACCAGGGUAGUGAAUUGGCUGUAAGCAGAAUCAGAAGACUGUAUAAAAGAGCAGGUCCAGGGGGGGACCCAAUAUCAAAUUCGGGCCCUGAUGCUGGCAUCAUGGGUGAAGAUGAAUCACCAGAAAACUCGCCCUCUUAUGGAUCACCUGCAUCGCCGGAAUUGGGUCCUUCACUCCCAAUGACUACUUCAAGUUCAACGUCUUCCCUAAUACCACAUUUGGCGUAUAAACAAUCCACCUCAGCCUUCCAGUCUUCAGCAUCUACACUUUUAGCAGCUGCUGCAGCUGCUUCAUCCUCCCUUCCAAAAGAUACAGCUAACCCCAUGAAUAAUCCACCUCAAAUGAGAGUUAGAUCGGUGUCAAACCCAACUUCACUGCCACCAUUAAUGGGAAUACCAAUUAAUUCUGUUCAUCGUCGUAUGAGCAACCAAGAGAUUACUACUUUCAGCGAACGUAUUCCUUCAAACAAGUCCAAUAAUUCCAACAACAUCAUUAGUUCCACUUACCCCAUGUACUCGAAAGUACCUACAGUUCACCAUCAUCAUAAUAACAACAAUAUCAAUAACAAGAACAAGAUUAAUAAUAACAGUAAUAAUAUGAUUAGUAAUAAUCAUCAUCAUAACAUGCAUAUGCAACUUUCCAACUCGUUUUCGUCUGCUACAAUCCCACCAUUAUACCCUUCAACAUACACAACGGCUCCACCCCUUAUGUCUCCGGUAAUGCCAUCUACACUUCCCAGUAUAAAUUCACACACAAAACUUCCAGAUCCUAGCGAGGCUUCACCUCAAACUGGUCUUGGAGCUACCACUGUUCCGUCUCCCAUAGAAGAAGACGGAGCAGAAGCGAUGAAUUCAACCCCCACCAAAAAGGGGAAAAAGAAACAGAAGAUGUCAGUGCAAAUGUUAGUUAGUUAA